AACAUAAGCAGCGUGUCAGAUUUGUUUUUACUCUUAUAUUUGACUAUUUUUGGGGUUUUUUCGAUGGAUUAUGGCUUCGUAGAUUGUCACUGUCACGUUUCAGCCUGUGAGUUUGAAGAGGAUCUGGAGGAUGUGAUUCAGAGGGCCAGACAGGUCGGGGUGGAGACGCUGGUUGCAGUCACAGAAGAGGUCGGAGAGUUUAACAGAGUUCUGCAGCUGCAGGAUCGUUAUCCAGAUCUGGUGGCUCCGUGUUUGGGCGUCCAUCCUCUGCAGGCCGGCGGGGGGGCAGGCGGGGGGGCCGAGCAGCGCAGCGUGAAGCUUCAGGAUCUGGACGCUGCUCUGCCGAUGUUCUACAAACACAGAGAACGCCUCGUCGCUAUCGGAGAGAUCGGGUUAGACUUCACGCCGUGGUUCGCUCCCACCGAGCAGGACAGAGACGACCAGAUGAGCGUCUUCAUUAAACAGCUGAACGUCGCCAAGGAGCUGGAUCUACCCGUGAACGUCCACUCACGAUCAGCUGCUAAAGUAACCAUAGCAACCAUGAGAGAACAAGGCAUCAGUCGAGCUCUUCUACAUAACUUUGCAGGGAAGCCGUCCGUGGCGUUGGAAGGAGUGAAGGCCGGUUACUUCUUCUCUUUUCCACCCGCUGUCUGCAGGAACCAACAGAGAGAUAAACUGAUUAAGCAGAUCCCGCUGGAACACAUCUGCCUUGAGACCGACUCGCCCGCCUUGGGGCUCGACAAGCACGUGAGGAACGAGCCCAGUAACAUCGUUCUGUGCUGCCAACGCAUCGCUGACAUCAAAGGCCUUUCGCCACAAACUGUUCAGCUCGUCACAGCGCAAAAUGCUUACAGACUUUUCCCCCGAGCUAAAACAAAC